AUGCCGGUUCCUUGGGAAGCUUUGAUCCCCUUCGGGCUCUUGACGGCCAUGUUCGGGACAGCGGGCACCCUCUUCAAUAUCUCAACGAGAGCCCAGAACGAAGGACUGCCACCCAGGUACAAUUUGGAUAAAUGGGAGUCCUUGAUGAUGGAGCGAGACAAACGGUUGACCGGGACGAAACGAGGGCAGACGGCGAACCCAAUAGCCCCGGAGCACUUUGCAACCAGCUCUGUAUGGACGGGCUUCAAAGUAUGA